AUGUCGUCCUACUCCCCCGGCGUCAGCUCGUCUGGCGGGGCUUACUCACCUGGUGCAAGCUCCGGCUCUGGCUCCGGCGGCGGGUGCUCUGGCUCUUGCUUUGAUCCCGACCAGCUCAAGUACCAGUACCUGCAGGGCUACUUUCCUGCACACAUGCUUCCCGCCUCGUCCUAUCGCUACGUCUACCUCUUGUGGUUCGUCACCAUCGUCGUCUGCCUCGUGCUCGGCACAUUUCACAUGCUUGGCUUCGGCGACAGAUCCUACAUUGGCGCAUUGUGGAAGCGGUGGGCUACCAAGAAUCGCGUUUACAAGCUCGGCAAGCGCGUCGACAUUCAUGGCAACCUCAUCCAGAAGGACAGCAAGGGCUUCAGCCGUGCUUACGCACCGCUGGCAACUCGACGCAUCUUUACGUUUCCCAGCUUCGGUCGACUCGUCCUGCUCUUCUUCAUGCUCGCAGUACCCAUCGUCCUGACGCUCGUUGGCGCCGACUUCAUCGGCCCCAACUAUGGCGUCUUCGACUUUUCCCAGAGCUGGCCUUCGCAAACCACCAACAUGGCCGGCCUCUCCCGUCGAGCCUUGCAAACGUUGCACAAGCGUGUCCAGUGGGGACAGGGCAGCUAUCCUUCCGUUACCACCUAUCCGCCGUACAACACCUUGCCAUACCGCACCUGGUGGACUACUGGCGACCGCACCGGUGACAUCACCAUGGGCCUCGUUCCCAUCGUUCUCAUCAUGGCCCUCAAACAGGUGCCCUUUGCGCUACUCUCGACACGCUUCUUUGGCGGCUACUCGUUCGAUCGGCUCUCCUUCCUGCACAAGUGGGGAGGCAGGAUCAUCUGGCUCUUUGGCACCGCCCACCUCGUCACGUGGUGCAUUCAGCUGAACAAAGACACGCGCAUCGGCGAGCCCGUCUGGUCCUUUGUCUUCAUGUGGACCAAAUUCCGCUGGGGUUGGGUCUCGUACGGCUUCCUCACCGCCAUGAUCGUCCUCUCCGUCGGACCCAUCCGCAGUCGCUUUUACGAAUGGUUCUACAUUGCUCAUGUCGUCACUGUCGCCGGCUUCAUCAUCACCGCCAUGCUGCACCAUCCUCCACUGGCACAAUGGAUGUACAUUCCACUCGCCUGGUGGGUCGCAGAGCGUCUCACCAGGGCGCUCAAGGUGGCUUGGAUCAACGGCCUUGGUUUCGCCGGUCGCAAGCCCCAAUUUGCUCUCGCUCCAAAGCCUCACAUGCCACACUCUCACUCUGGCACGUGGUCGGGACCACCGCAGCGAUAUGCUCCGCGACCGUCCCUGCCUCCACCGCAUCAACAGCACCAGCAGCGCACCGAUCAUCGCAACCCGUAUUUCGGCUCUCACCACGUGUACAUGGGCCCAGACCGGGUUUUCGGUCCCUCCAGUACUGGCGCCAGACCAUCCACUGCCUCGACUCGAGGUCACGGUACCGUCACGAGCUCGUCUUCGUCUCAUAAGCACGCACCUUCCGAAUACGAACUCACGCUCAUCGGCUCCGCCCAAGACAACGAAUCACGCAAGAUCCCAAGUCCACCUACUAGCGAAUCAGCGCGAGAUCCACUGGCUACAGGAGCCGCACGACACCCUCUUGAUGGACGCGACGAGCUGUCGUCCCAGAGUCAGGCUGUAGACUUGCAGAGGAGAGCGACGCGCUUCAGUGCUCGAUACGAUCCUGUCAAUGACCUCAUCCAAGACUAUAUCCCAUCGCGUCUGUCCAACGCCGACGUUUACCCGCCACCACCACCACCCAUGGAACCUUUGCCCCCUCUCCCACAGCAGUACGCAAAAGAAGCAAGCUACGACGUCAAGUAUGCGCUCCAAGAUCCACCCGAGCCUCGUCUUCCUCCCACAGCACCAGACUCGCAAAUCGCAUCGAGGAAGGACGGCCAAUGGCGGAGCGAAUCCUCUACAGUGCUUUCGACGAGGCCGUCCACCAUGUUCAGCGUCACGUCUAGCUCAGUCGCGCGUCAGCUCAGGCCGCGUCCUGCAAUGUCUUCCGACGUGGCUGCCGUCAUCCGACCAGGUUUCGCGUUUGUGCAGCUGUUGCCCGGCAAGACGCUGCGUCUCACGCUACGGACGCCAAACAAGAUGUCUUGGAAGCCGGGUCAGUGGGUCUAUCUCAAUGUACCCAGCGUCCGUUUUUGGGAAUCCCACCCUUUUACCAUAGCAUCGGCACACGACGCCGACUUCCCCGUCGCCACCGAGUUUGUCGAUGCCGAUGCCGAAAAGGGCCUCGCUCGCGCACAGAAGGUCAAGGGCGAGGAGCGCACCAUGGUCUUGCUCGUCCGAUGCCGACAUGGCUUCACCCGUCAUCUUUGGAACUUUGUCGCCAAGAAGCGGCAGAUGCAGAUUCAAGCUGCCGCCGACGCGCACCAGGGCGCUGGCAUGUAUGGCAUGCCCGGCACGUCCAUGGUCCCCACUCUUGGCAAGGAUACCACAGGCGUCCACAUCCGAGCCAUCGUCGACGGUCCAUACGGCUCGGCGGAUCGAACACAUUGGGGCAUUCAUUCGACCGUCGUCAUCGUAUGCGGCGGAUCCGGUGUCAGCUUUGGCAUGUCUGUCCUCGAGCAUCUCUGCGCAUGCAUGGUGGGUGCCAAAGAGGUUGGCAAGGGCGGCAAGGGAGGAAGGAGGUUCCUGACCCGCCGCGUUCGCUUUGUGUGGAUCAUGCGUGAAUUUUCGCAUCUCCAGUGGGUUGCGGCCGCCCUCCGCAGGUGCAUCGAAAUGGUGCCUCCGGAGCUCUUGCAGGUCGACCUGUUCGUGACGCACUUCAACCACCAUUCGGCACUGCCCGGUGCCCCGAGACGCGGGUCGGCUGGAGGACGAACCUACGACGGUACGCAGAAAUCCGAAUUUGAUGGUCCCAGUUACGAUAGCUUCGCAGGCCGGAACACCGGAGAUGCCAGCAUGUCUCGGGCCGCCCGCUUUACAGAAGGGCCCGAACAGGACGAGUACGACAUCACAGCCUACGAUCUCACGCACUUCGAUGGCGAGGACCAGAGUGCACCUACCGCCAUGGAGGAAGAGAUGAACAAGCGCAUCCGAUCCGAAGGAAAGUUGCGCCGCGCAAAGACCCGACGCAACACGAUCAAGCGCAAAGGCGGCCGAGGCGCUAGGCAGGCCAACGCAGAGCUCAACCGAGACGAACAGGUGCUUGAAGCUCAGCGAGCCAUGUAUGAGGAGCGCAAUGGCAUUCGUAGGCCACAGCCCUACGAGACGGAUCGUCGGCCCUCAGAUGGGCCCUGGCCCCCGGGCCCGAGAGGCCCUGGCAGCGACUUGCGACCGCACCACGCCCCCGAACAAGAUCUCGGCGAUUCGAGAGGCAGACUGCUCAGCGGCAACGGCUUUGGAGAGAGUACCUGGUCCCCUGAGCAGGCAGAACAGUCUCGACAAGGGAGCAACGACAGGAGGCAGCUCUACCCUCCAUACUCUGCCGGUUUGCUCCUGCCGCCGCACAGCACGGCAGACUCGAGCGUCGAACCAUCGUCCGCUUCCGUCUCGCCCAGUCCGUCUCGGCCUGGGUCGUCGCACGGCGAAUUGGCUCCACCUCCGCCUUUCGGUGCAGCUUCCGGGGCUAGCACUCCACGCCUGUCGCCAUCGCCACUCGCCACUCCCUACGGCAGCGAGUAUCCGCUCCGCUCCGACUUCCGAGACGCCGAGGAUCUGGAGAGUGGCCGCCGUGGAGGUCUAGGUGGCAGAGGUCGCGCCGGAUCUUCCUCGCUCAAUCUGCUCAACACUGGCAUUCCGCCGGUUCCGUCGCCGAAAUCGCCACUGGACGAUGCACCGAUCGAUCUAGAUGCCGAAGAAGAUCUCGAUCUGCGCGUCGUCGCUGAGCUUGCACAGCCCGGCCAUCCAAAGUUGGAUCGCAUCAUCCGACAGGAGGUCGACGCUAGCCAGGGACGAACGCUCGUCGCAGGGUGCGGACCAAAGUCGCUCGACAUUGUGCUUCGCAGCAUCGUCAGCAAGCAGGUGGAUCCGUCCAAAGUUCGACGCGGCGACGCGCGAGGCAUCGUCAACGUCGUCAGCGAAUGCUUCGAAUGGGGCGGCUGA